CAUAAUAAACUUUUCUUUUACAGAUGUAUAUCAAAUAUAUGCGUAGCCGAUAGAGCUUUGUGCUGGUAUAUUCCUGACGAAUGGACAUUGGAGGACGCUGCGACAGUCCCAUGCGCUUAUGGCACAUGUUAUUACGGAUUAUAUGUAAAGACAAAGAUGAAGAAAGGCGACAAGAUAUUAAUUCAUUCGGGUACUGGCGCAGUAGGUCAAGCGGCAAUUAAUCUAGCGCUCCACGAAGGUUGCGAAGUAUUCACCACCGUCGGCACUCCGGAAAAGCGAAAGUUUAUAAGAGAGACUUUUCCAUCUAUUCCAGAGGAUCAUAUCGGAAAUUCGCGCGACACCAGUUUCGAGCAAAUGAUAUUUCGACAGACCGAGGGUCGCGGUGUAGAUCUCGUAUUGAACUCAUUAGCUGAAGAUAAACUUCAGGCUUCUAUUCGUUGUCUUGCGAGAGGAGGGCGUUUCUUGGAAAUUGGAAAAUUAAAUGAUUUUACAAAUGCAGAGAGACACGAUUUAGCAAUAGUCCUUGAGAAACGCACGGAAAAGGAACAUAUUGUACUCUUAAAGAAAAAAGACAGAACGAGGAGAAAGGCAGAAGUUAUUUUUGUGAACAAUCACGAAUUUUCUUGGUUAGAACAACUAACAUCGAUCUUAAACGACGAGAAUAAUAUCGCGAGAAUAAUUUUAGUGGGGCAAGAAGAUUCGGAAUGCGGUUUAUUAGGUCUCAUAAAUUGUUUGAGGAGAGAACCAGGUGGAGAAUUAAUAAGAGGUGUGUUGAUUCAAGACGAGACAGCACCUAAAUUUUCUUUAGACAAGCCGUUGUACGCGGAGCAACUCCAGAUCGAUCUCAUCAUAAAUGUUUUGCGUCCGGGAAUGAUAUGGGGAUCAUACAAACAUCUUCCAUUAGCACCUUUAGCGCCAAAACUCUCAUAUCAUGCUUUAGUCAAUCAAAUGAUUCGCGGUGAUUUGAAUUCAUUUUGCUGGAUUGAAGGCCCGAUUGUUUCGGAUUAUCAGCACAAAGAUCUUGUUCGCAUAGUUUAUGCGUCCAUCAAUUUCAAAGAUAUUAUAUUUUUCCUCCCCCUAUACUUAUGGAAGUCUUACGGAGUAAAAAUAUUGAUCUUAUCGAACCUUGACGCGUCAAACGUCAAUGAUUGCGAACAUAUAUUGAAAACAGCGGAAAAGCUGGCGCCUGUAGAUGCUGUAUUUAAUCUUGCUGUGGUGUUGAACGAUAAGAUCUGCCAGAAUCAUACUGUAGAAACAUUUCAAGAGCCAUUUAAAGCAAAAACUUUGGCGACGAAGAACUUGGAUCGAUUGUCUAGAAAGAUAUGUCUCCAGCUUCGACAUUUUGUUGUGUUCUCUUCAGUUUCCUGCGGUAGAGGCAAUGCCGGACAGAGCAAUUACGGCAUGGCAAACUCUGUUAUGGAAAGAAUUUGUGAGAGAAGAGUGCAAGAAGGUUUACACGGACUGGCGGUUCAGUGGGGCGCAGUAGGCGAUGUCGGCCUCGUGGCCGACAUGCAAGACGACGAUAGGGAAAUGGUUAUUGGCGGAACUUUGCAACAAAAGAUAAGCUCCUGCAUCGAGAAACUCGAAGAAUUUUUGUUACAAAAACAUCCCGUAGUGGGGAGUAUGGUUGUAGCUGAGAAGCGUUCGGACGCUUUUGGCGCAAACAAUAUUGUUGAAACCGUGGCCAAUAUUAUGGGCUUGAAGGAUUUGAAUAACGUGGCUCGCUACACAUCUUUGCCCGAGCUCGGCAUGGAUUCGAUGAUGGCUGUGGAAAUUAAACAGACUUUGGAACGGGAAUUUGAUGUUUACCUUACAACGCAGGAUAUUCGUUAUCUCAAUUUUGCCAAACUUAUAGAAAUGUUUGACGAAAAUACUUCGAACGAUAAAAGCGUUCGAGAUGUGAACGAAUUAAAUGGCAUUAAAUUGCUCGUUCGUUUGAUAGGUAAUGAUCAUCUAAUACCCGAUGUGUGUAUGGAUUUGCCAACAAAAAGGAAUAUGACGAGAAGCGAAAUAUUUCUAUUGCCAGGAAUGGAAGGUUGUGGAAAUAUAUUCGAUUCGUUGGUACAACAUAUUGAAGCUCCAGUAACGUGCUUACAACAUGGAGCAUAUCAUAUCGGCACGAAUUCUACUUCAAUAAACGAGAUCGCAGAUCGUCUUUUAAAACAUAUUUUGAGCAAAAAGAAAUUGAAUCAGGAUUUUGUAAUAGUGGGUUAUUCAAUGGGAUCUUUGAUCGCAAUUGAGUUAGUGCGAAAGUUAGAAGGCAUGAAUCUUCAAGGCAGAUUAGUGCUUAUCGAUGGCGCACCUGAGCAAGUGAAAGCAUUAGUAAAUAAUUAUUUAUCUUUUAAUACGUUUAGUGAACUCGAAAAUAAUAUUCUUUUGAAUAUAAUGGAUACUAUACAACCAGUACUUAGUGGAAAGCUUCUUUUGGAGUUAAAUAAAUAUUUGAGUUGGGCAAAAAUGUAA